AUGAACUUGUUGAACCAAGCCCAGAUCAAAAACAGCUCCACAGGCCUGCAGCAAGAACGUAAACGUUGGGGGAUCCGAGCCCGCGAAGAAUCUGAUCGCUGUGUUCCAGGAGAAAAUAUUGGGGUUUUCGGUACUGUGGAAAAUCCGAACCCCGAGCUCCGGAUUUGCACCCGGGUCAAUCAAGCUCACGUAGAGCAGGCGGCUUAUUACGAACGCGUUGCGGUGGAGGCCCGAAACGAAAACGUAGGAAACGAGGUGUUGGAGAAGGUGAGGUUUUUUCUGGCAUUGUUCUUCGAGGAGCCGGAAUUUGGGGUGCCUUUGAAACAGUUGGUUGUGGCGGGCCCAAUCGGAGGAACUGGUUUGGCAAGAAGAAAAGUAGAUUGCUUUGCGGAGGUUUGA